CAGCAUUCCCAUCCCGCCCGUUUGAUAGAGCCCAGUUUGGUAGUUGUAACUAGUUGGUUCUUUCGUACAACGAGAAUUAGCCUUCUGCCAGACACCCGCCAUGGCGAAAUUCCUCUUACUCGUUCUCUCGCUGAUGCUCGUCUGCAUCUCGCUGCUCCCCGCUGCAUCCGCCGGUCCUAAGCGCGUCGCUCGCACGCGGCAGGCGCAGGAAGAAUUUCGCCGUCUGGGCGACCGCCAGCGACAGCUGAGCGACCGCAAGCGACAGCUCAUCAAUGUUCGCCGCGGCUCUCGCCCUCUCCGGCACACGUUCGACACAAAACCCAUCUACGACCAAUGGCGCGCACAAGGAAGCGGCUCGUCCACUACGAUUGAAUACGGCGGUGGGCCCGUGUUAGAUGGCAAAACGCUCAAAAUCUACUUGAUCUACUACGGCUACUGGCAAGACGGCUACGGGCAGACAGAGGUUGAGAAUUUUAUUCGGUCUCUCAGUUCUGCGGAUAGCAGCACUAAGGCGCAGGGGGAAGCCGGGGAUCAGACGGUGCGGGACUGGUGGGCCAUCACCUCGAGUUACUACUCCAACACCUCGACCGUUAGCCCGAUUGUGAACCUUGCAAAAGUUGUUUACGACAAAGGGUCUCGCGGGACGAAGUUUAGCGACAACACAGCUUGGGAUGUUGUGUCGAACAAGGUUGGCCCUGGAAAGGCGUUCCCCUACGACGCCAACGGCAUCUACCUGAUUCUCACCAGCAAGGACGUCACCAUCCCUGGCUUCUGCAAAGAAUGGUGUGGAUGGCACACCAUGGACUAUCUCAAAUCGAAGCGCGUCGUCUACUCCCUCGUGGGUCAUCACGCGCAGUGCCCAAAAAGCUGCGACGCGCAGGUGUUUUCGCCCAACGCGAAUCCUGCGAUCGACGCGAUGAUUUCCACGAUCGCUCACGAGAUCGCGGAAGCUGCGACAAAUCCCGACGUCAAGAGCGGCUGGUUCGACGCUGAAGACGAAGAGAACGCCGACAAGUGCAGCUACUAUUACGGAGACACGACUCUAACCACCAACAUCAAGGGUAACUCCGCUUACUACAAUCUCGUGGGGUUCAAUGGCAUGAAAUUCCUGGUGCAGCAGAACUGGGACUGGGCGACGGACUCGUGCGUGUCGCAGGCAGUCUCAAGCCUCUAGAGGACUCGUGUGAUCCGCAGGGUUAGGUCGCUUAAUGGUGGAUGGGACUCCCAAUCUGGGGAAUGCGGUGUUCAGAACACCGCAUCUUUUUAGUUUUCUCUGCUUGAAGCUAGAGGUUACCAAUGCUCGACUCGAGCUGGUGCGGCUAAUCCUCGACUUGGCAGUAUUGGUGGUAGCGCAGAAGUAGUCGCCGUUGUCUUAGCAGUUAGACUAACAGCCCAAUAAGCGCCUGCAGCCCUGUCGCUAAAGAAUAAGCAGCGGACGGAGCGGGCCUGCUUGCUGCAGAUUUGCUCCGGACCAGAGAAGCGUCGAAUCUAGUCAAAGCCCCCAUCUCAUAUUUCCAAACCUUAUAGAGUUGAACGAGAACCCAAAGGCCUGAUUGGUCGACGAGGGACGACAUUUUAGGGUUCCCGUUAGCAGACGAAAUCCGUCUGUUCAUCUGAGAAUCAGACUCACAUUUUCCGUGUC